ACUAGGCAUCAUGCAGACCCAAGAACAAGCAUAGUAACCAUCCAGGUCCGGGCAGGUCAUUCCUGUUCAUAACGAUCUCCACACACUUCACCCAGAGCAUCAGGAUCAUUGUUCUCCAGAAAACAAUAAGUAAAAAAAUCACCUCAGAAAACCACAAUGCUGUCGCACUCGGACUUGGUCAAGGAGAGGAAGCAGCAAGCAUUUGCCAUCAUGAAGGAAAUCCAGAGAAAUGAAUCACCUGGAAUAGACCUUGGAAAAAAGGUCAGCAUCCCCAGAGACAUUAUGCUGGAAGAAUUAUCACUGCUCAGUAACAGAGGAGCACGGCUAUUUAAGAUGCGUCAAAGAAGAUCUGACAAGUACACAUAUGAAAACUUGCACUUUUUAUCUAGCAAGCCAAGAAAUCUCAAUGAGGUCUUGCAGUAUGUUCAACUAGAUGCUAGUAGCAUGGAAGCUGGCCAGCAGCAUGCACCAAUCACACCUCCUAAUACUCCAGAUCCACGGGGCCCUCCAAACCCUGAGAACAUUGCCCCAGGAUAUUCUGGACCACUGCAGACAAUUCCACCUGAGAGGUUCAACACUACAGCUGUGCCAAAGUACUAUCAAUCACCUUGGAUUGAAGCUAUCAGCAAUGAUCCUGAACUCUUGGAGGCUUUAUACCCUAAACUGUUUAAGCCAGGGGCAAAGCCUCAGCUGAUCGACUAUAAAAGCUUUAACAGAGUUGCCACACCUUUUGGAGGCUUUGAGAGAGCAUCAAAGCUGGUGAAGUUCAGAGUACCAGAUUACAACUUCCUGUUGUUAAAUGAUCCGCGAUUCAUGGUACUUGCCAAUCCUCUUUCUACCAGGCGGUCCUUUAAUAGGACUCCAAAAGGAUGGACCUCUGAGAAUAUUCCCAUAAUGAUAACUAUCCAACCUACAGAGGCCAAUGGAGUUCCAGAAACAGAAGAUCUGUGAAAGGAAAGUGGAGUGUACAUUCUAUAUCUGCAUAGUGGCAUUCUGAUUUUUUAGAACAUAUGCUAUUUCCAACACCUUCUCUAAUAAUAUCUGAUGUUGUAACUUUUCUGAAGUUUAAUUUCUUUACACAUUUAUCAUAAAUAAAAUAAUCUGGCCAUUACUCUAAAAGUUAGUUUUGAUUCUUUUGCUUACGUGCUGUCUAACUUCUCCUAACUAAUUUGUUUAUUGUCCUCAUUGAUUUUGUUUAUUAAUCAAGUUUUGACUUGAUUUUUCAUUAUUGUGUUUUAAUAUUAAGAACAGAGGAGAUGAUAAAAAUUAUGCUAGCAUUACUGUACAUUUAAUUCUGGUUUAGGCAGACUCUCUAUCCUAGCUCUGUCUGAAAUGUGAAAGUAAUUAAAGCUUUGAUUGUUAAUUCUAGUGAAAGAAGAGUGAUGUCCUAUGCAGUUUUUGAUUUAAAAACCAAUUUUUGGGGGGGCGGGAGUUAUUCUGUACAGAGAGAGGGCCACCUAUAAACAAGAAUAUAACAAGUGAAAACAAAUAGAACAAAGCAUUUUGUUUGAGAAACUCUCCCAAGA